AUGGACAAUCUUCCCAAUGAUUUGAAACUGAAAAUCCUUGUUCGCUUGCCCAUCAAAUCUCUCAUGCGCCUAAAGUGUUUGUCCAAGUCAUGGCUCUCUCUCAUCUCUGACCCCUACUUUGCAAAACUCCAUUUUCAACAAUCUUCCCAACAACACCCAAAUCGAAUCCUUUACACAAAUGGUCCAGAAAUCCUAUCCAUAGAUUUCAACUUAUCCCUCCAUGACGAUUCUGCUAUUGUGAAACUCGACCUUCCCCUUUUCAAAUCAUACGCUGAUCGCGAUUUCAUGACGGCUUCUUGCCGAGGCUUUGUGUUUCUUAAGCCUAUAAAUGAGCGCAAAGUUUUUCUCUUGAAUCCCUCCACAAGGAUCUGCAAACAAAUUCCUCUACCUCCUUCAAAACACAAUAUCAGAACCCUAUAUGGCUUUUGUUAUGAUGAGUUGGCCGAUGACUACUUAAUAGUGCUCGCAUCGGAAUACAAGGAUCCACCUUCAUCUGGUAUUCAUCUUUUAGAUUUUGAAGUCUUCUCUAUUAGAACCAACUCAUGGGAAGAACAUGGCCAAUUUAGCGUCGGUUAUUGUAGUCCAUCAACCGUUGGUUUCUUCUUAAACAAUGCUGUUCAUUGGCUUGUUCAGACUCCAUCUGACAUAGAAAUUAUAGCAUUUGAUAUAACAACAAAGAGUUUAAGAGAGAUUCCUACGCCCUUUGGACGUGAUUGUGAUUUCGUAGAAGUAAUGUAUGAUCUGCGCGUACUUGAAGGAUGCCUCACUGUCUUGGUGGGAAUGAACGGUCACGAUGAGAUAUGGAUGAUGAGAGAGUACGGGGUGAAAUCAUCUUGGACUAAGUUUUUCUCUUUGUCUUAUAGUAAGCUUCUGGACAACAUAUUCCCCCUGUGCUUCACCAAAGAUGGUCAACUUGUUGGAGGGGAUGGCCAUAUAAGAUUAUCAAAAUGGAAUGAGAAGGGAGAAUUGCAAGAACGUCGUCAAUAUUUCACCCAAGAAAAGCCAGAGCGCCGUCAAUAUUAUUGUUGUUUUUCCAGCUCCUAUUAUUACUUAGCAACUCCCUACACUGAAACUUUGCUUUCUCUCCCUUGA